GUUGGACUGUUUCCAUUUUAGUUUGAUAUUCACUUAAAAAUCUGCCGCCAUAUGAAGGUUGGCUAAAAUAACCAACCUUAGGCAUUAUGUUUACCUGAAAAGGGGAGAUUCUUUAUUUUCAUGUUUUAUAUUACUUAUUAUGUUGACCCUAACAUGAAUACUAUUCGAUUGUGCGCUAAUUAUAAAUGGAUUGUUCUUCUAAGAAAUGGAGCUCAAAAUUGGGACUAGACACGGAUGCGUUUUGGCGGAGGGAUAUGUGUUAGAGUGACAUGUUCUUCGAUGUUUUCGUUCGUCUGUCUCGCUAGGUGUUUUGGACUCCUUCUGAAGAUCUGGCCAUCUGAAAAGACUGCACAAAAUGGACAUGUUGAUACUGUUGGUUACAGUCUUCUGUGCGCUCUGGGGUCCCUCCGCUACUUUAGAUAAGAAAGAAGUUUGUUAUGGCCAGGACCUUACAUUUCCCGAGCACAUUCAACUAAAUAUUCAACAAAGGCCGCUGUAUUUUACUCCAAGUAAUGGAGGCAAGAGGAAAAUACUGAUGGAAAAUGGGAAGGUGAACCACCUGUUGCUGUUCUGGUGUAGGCUGGGAAUAAUUGUGCAUGCAGAUGGCAAAGGACCCACGGCUGAAAGUUGGCAAGUUUACCACCAGCCUUACAUUGUUAACCAAAAAGGAUGAAGGAGUUUAUGCAGUGACAGAUGGCAGUAUAACUAUUGAUGAGUUGCAAUUGAAAAUAAAAGAUUGUGCUGAAGAGAUCAUCAAGGAUUACAUGGAUGAAUGGUCUUAUCGGUUACCUGUCCUGAUUCACUAUGUGGAAUACACUUCACCUCACAAUGAAGAUGAGACAUUAGUUCUGUGGAAUUCAACCAAUCCUCAGAGUGAGCAAAGAAAAGGAGUCGUCAAGAACUAUUUCUGGACAAUCUCUGGUGUCACUCAGGCAGACAACGGCUAUUACAACUUCAGAAAAAAAGAAGGCACUCUUCGUUCAAGGAUACUUCUCACUGUAAAAGAGAAAACUCGUUACUAUGAUUCAAAAGGGAACGAGGAUCUUCUUAUUAUGACUCCAUGGACUAGAAGACCCUGGACCUUGACGUUUAAAAAAGAUGUAGAAACCAAACACGUAACAAUACUAGAAAAUGGCAAUUUGGUCUGGGAUGUUAACAGGUUCUCUGGGAGAAUUAGUAUUCAAAGUGAUGGCAUUAAAAUAAAAUCUGUAAAAGCUAUGGAUUCUGGUACUUAUGAGUUCAGAGACCCACAAGGCAACCUGGCGUUUUCUGCCCAUGUGUCCGUCGACGACCGUGUCUCGCAUCACCAGGUCACAUAUGUUGUUGUUGCUGUCGUUGCUGUCGUUUUGGGGAUAUGUUGCUGUUUCUGUUGCAAAAGGAAAUGUUGCUGUAAAAAGAACAAAUCUGCAGAUUCAGCAACAUCUGCUGUUACUUAUCAUGACAAGUCUGAUUCAGCUGCUUCUUCACCUGCCGUGUAUUAUCAUGGUACAAGUCAGCCAACAGGACCAAGUUACCCAAUUCAAACAUCCUCAAUUUACACUCCUCAUCCAGCAAACCCUCCAGCCUACACAGGAACUGUAGCUGUUUCCAUUGAACAACCGCCUUCGCAGCCUAACACCGCUGUGUACCCUCCACAACCAGCCAGUGUCUAUCCUCCACAACCAGCCAGUGUCUAUCCUCCACAACCUGCCAGUGUCUAUCCUCCACAACCUGCCAGUGUCUAUCCUCCACAACCUGCCAGUGUAAACCCGCCACAGCCUGAACCUAGUCUAUAUCCUCCCCUUUCUGAGUUUGGACCUCCAGCGUCUCAGGGAUCUGCAGCAACUCCUACGUUCAGCUCAGACGUGUUCUCCCCUGAUGCUGAGCCGAGAUUUCAGCUAAAAGGAUUGGCUUUUCCCUCAGCUCCCCCUCUCAGUUCAGAUGUACCGAUCUGUGAUGUCUACAACUCAGAUAAGCUGAGCUUUUUGUAAACACUCUUCUGAACAUUGUGUUGAUGGAACUGUUUCAGCCUUUACUGGACUUUCAUGCUUUGUUUCUCCAGAGGCCUUCUACGAAUCCAGGGACCACGCUGCCUAGAAUAAAAAGACAUAAACCACACAUAAUCAGGGAUAGGCAGGGGCGGCCUGAGGCAAUAAUCCACAGCAGGAAUUUGGUACAAUUGCAGCCCACCACCAAGACUGAGUUAAAUUUAAUCAAGAAUAAGACAAACCAUUAUUGGUCUAGACUAGAAGUGGAGUUUGCAUUGAAGCAAAUAAAAAUAUUUCAUAUACAUUUUAGAAAGAUGUCAUAUGGAAUAAUCCUCAUAUAUAGAGCUAACAAAGUUUAAGAUGGGUUAAGGAGCUACAUUGUGUCAAGUAGUUAAAUAAAAUUU